GUUGAAGUCAACGCGGAACAACCAAGGAUACAGAGCAUGGAAAAAGGACAUUUGAGCAGGAAGUUUACACGCAAGUGCUUUAAGGCAACCUAGGACCAUCUUUACACCCAGGCUCUCCAACUGUGAUAUACGAGAUUGAAGGAUUUAGCCGUAGACGUUAUAAGUCAUAGAAUAAUUAAAUUAAAUCGCACGGACUACCGCCAGAAUGCUGAUCAGCAUAUUCAAAUCGGGCAUCUUCCAGUGGCAGUACCGCCGCCAACUGCUGGUCUCUUUGAGUGCCACUCUGAUAACCUUCUGCCAUGGCAUCGCCCUGGGCUGGUUGUCGCCCAUGCUGCCAAAGCUGCUCUCCCCACAGGAGACGCCACUCUCCUUUUACAUUGACGUGAACGAGGCCUCCUGGCUGGGAGCAGUCAUUAGCAUCGGUGGCAUAAGCGGAAACUUCUCGUUUUCCUAUCUGAUGAACCGCUUUGGCCGAAAAGUGUCGAUUUACGCCCUCGCAGUGCCGCACACGUGCAUUUGGUUCCUGUUCUAUUUCGCCCAGAGCAUCGAGUGGCUCUAUGUGGCCAGGGUGUUUGCCGGCCUAACUGGCGGCGGCAUGUUUGUCGUCUUACCCAUCUUCAUUGGCGAAAUCGCCGACAAUAGCAUUCGAGGUCGCCUGUGCUCCUUUUUUACGCUCACCAUGAACACGGGCAUAAUGGUGGGCUUUGUGGUGUCCUCGCACAUCGCCUAUCACGUGAUACCCUGUGCCGUCGUUGGACUGCCCGUGCUGUACGUGCUCCUGGCCACGCGAUACCCGGAGCCACCGCAGCAGUUAAUCAGGUGGAAGCGCGAGGAGGAGGCCGAGAAGUCACUAAGGUACUAUCGCCGCUGCGACGGACCCAAUGUUUCCAAGGAGGAGGAGCGAGCUUAUCAGAAACACUUCGACGAAAUGCGGCUGGCCAUCCAACAGCAAAACAACGACACUGACGACAAUGGCCUCUCAAUGUCCGAUUUCCUCACCAAGCGCUCCUUGAAAGCCCUGGCCACGGGAUUAGUUUUGAUGGUAGCCAACAUCUUCACGGGCACCUUCGCCUUCAACAACUACAUGUCCAACAUCUUUGAUGCCGUGCACACUCAGCUGGAUCCGAAUACGAACACCAUUAUUAUUGGAGCAGUGCAGAUCCUGGGCACGCUGGCCAGCAUAUACUUGGUGGAUCGCUAUGGGCGCAAGAUCCUGCUGAUAGUGUCCUGUGCAGGCAGUGGCAUCGGAACUUCCGCCUUUGGACUGUACGCCUUCUAUGCGGAGGAGCAGAAGGUGGACCUAUCGGCCUUCUCCGCCUGGCUGCCCGUCACCCUAAUGGCCUUCAUCAUCUUCAUUGCCAACGUGGGCGUUAUCUCGGUGACGAUGGUGGUUUUGGUGGAGAUCCUGCCGCAGAAGAUCCGCGCGGUGGCCACCAGCUUCUGCCUGGGCUGCCUCAGUUUCUUCGCCUUCGCCUCGCUGAAGACUUUUCCACUGAUGAUGUUUCACCUGGGUCUGGCGGCUACCAUGUGGUUCUGUGCCGCCGUCAGCGUCAUUUGUCUGUUCUAUGUGGUGGUCUGCCUGGAGGAGACCAAGGGUCGCUCCAUGUAUGACUAAUUACGCGCGGAAUAAAGUUCAGAUAGUAUGG